AUGUCUACUCCUUCCCCAAAGUUGGACUCGAGCACUGUAUGGUUAAUCACUGGCUGUUCUUCUGGGCUCGGCAAAGCUAUUGCAGAGACUGCCUACAAUGCUGGGCACCACGUGGUAGCAACUGCUCGCAAUGUAGACGCAUUGUCUUACCUCCCCGAUGAGCCAAGAGUGCUCAAACUCAAGCUCGAUGUCACAUCAAAAGAUUCCAUUGUCAAAGCCGUUGGCGAUGCUGUCGCGAAAUUUGGUCGUCUGGACGUGGCAGUCAACAACGCCGGAUACACCAUUAUGGGUGAUACUGAAGUGAUACCGGAGGCGGAUUCACGCACUCUGCUAGAAACGCUUUUCUGGGGACCAGUGUUCCUUAUGCAGGAGGUUGUCCGAGUGUUUCGAGAGGUCAACCCUCAACAGGGCGGAACGGUCAUCAAUAUGAGUUCCGUGGGUGGCUCUAUGACCGUCGCCGGAAAUUCCUUCUAUCAUGCAGGUAAAUUUGCGCUAGAAGGGUUCACCAAAUCAAUUGCCCAAGAAAUGAAGCCAGAAUGGAAUAUUAGAUUCCUGAUUGCGGCCCCCGGCGGCGUUCACACGAACUUUGCUGGCUCUCCUAACGCCGGCAUGAAGAUUUUCCCUCGACACCCUGCCUAUGAUUCACCUUCUCACCCACUGACGCAGAUAUUGGGUUACCUCAAAAUGCCGGGAAUAGCCGAUGCUUGGUGUGAUCCAAAAAUCUGCGCCCAGUUGCUUUUUGACACGGUCACCGGAAAGUAUGACAAGCCGCUGCCCAUUAGACUACCCAUGGGCUCGGAUUCAGUCCAAGGUUUAAAGCAAGAGUUCGAAGAUUCGCUGCAGGAGAUAGGAAUUUGGAAGACCGAAGCCGAGUCAUGUUCACCGGGAGGUGGUGCAGAUCUGUCACGAGUUGGCAAGUAG